CCGGUAGCAGUUAGUGGGGGCUUCGAGCGACUGUCGAGACGAGGCCGCGACUGCUCGUCGUGCCACAGUGCUAGUUCGACCUCGGUCUGUGAUAGUAUCGUUCCUUCGAUUUGAUAUUGUAACAGAAUUUCCUGCGGUGUGACCCGCCCGGUGUUACAGCGAGGAAGUCAUCUAGCCAAGGGGUGCCAACCCCCUCUUUUAGUUUUGGAUUUUUUUCCCCGUAAAUCCUGGGACAUUGCGUCCCAACAGAAGAUGCUCCGGUCGCUGUGCUGCUAAGGAAACGUCUGAGUAAAUGCAAUGUUGACGAAAUUGAAUAUGUGGGUGGCUCUGUUGCUGACAGCACAACUGGGCUUCGGUUUGCUGGGUAAUGCAGGUGCGACAUGUGACCCAAAAAAUGGAAACACGUUAGUGUGCGAAAAGCUUGACAACGUCAAGUAUAUCGAUGUGAACAACCUGACUACGCUGAAGGCUCCUGUCAAGGGGAAGACUUUGACGCCCAUACCCUUCAAGAGACUGCCGUCAUCCCUGAAGAGCCUGGACUUAUCGGACGGAGAUAUCGAGUCCAUCGAAGCCGACACCUUCCUAAGGAUGGCGAGCUUGCGGGAUCUCAAAAUGUCCGACAAUUCGAUCGCCGAACUGAAAGAGUCCGCGUUGAACGGGCUGACAAAGCUAAAGAACCUCGACCUGAGGAGGAAUAAAAUCUAUCAACUGCCGCCAGCUUUGACGAAACUCGAGUCGUUGAAGAACUUGGAAGUCUCAGGUAAUCCCAUCGUCUGUAACUGCGCGACUCUUCGAGUGCGGGAUGAGCUCUUGGCCAACGGAGUGAAGAUCUCAAAGCGGGUCUUUUGCGUAACUCCUUCUCACCUGAAGGGAGAAUCAAUCCUCGAACUCGACACAGAAGUGAUUUGCAUGUUUGAAGAACAGGACGAAGAGAUGCAGGCUGACCAAGCAGCCGGGUCUGGGGACGGUGAUGACGAGCUAUCGGAAGAGUACGAAGACCAGACGGAACUGCCUCCGAUCGAAGAUGUACCAUCUAGUGCCACUCCAACGUCCGAAACCGAUGAGCCGAAGGAGGUCGUGGAUGACUUGAUCGUAAUUACGAACGCACGUAGCGAUUUCAGCGGCGUGGAAAUUCCGCUGGAGAACGCGACUCAGGUGAGCGCUGGCUCCAAGUCAUCGAACACAUCGGAGUCCACCGUCGAUAGCGAUCACUUCAACGAUCUCGACGACUUCGACGACGACGACGACGACUUUGACUUUGACGUUGCUAACGAAGAAGAAUUGGACGAACUGAUCGUCGAAGGCUCUGGGCUGACGGAAUCUGAGGGAUCCGGCACCGACGACAGCUUGAUCCCCGAGGAUAAACGCAUCUUAGUCGACACCGAGGACUUUGCAGAGACUUCAAGUACGUCGACCGAAAAGCCGACCACGGAGCCCACCUGGACCAGCGUAUUCUGGAACAUAGUGACUGGAGAUGAUGACGAUGAUUCAAAUCCGGAAAAGAACACGGAUGACAGUGUUACCGACGAGCAAUUCAUCGCCGUAAUCACUGAGAGUUCUCCAGACACAAAGUCGCCCGUCACCACUACGACUCAGAGCACGAUAAUGGCCAAAGGAGGAAUUCCGGACAUCCUCGGUAACACGGACGAAGUGGAGGUUUCCACGAAGAAGGUCGAGGUCCAGGAAGCAGUAGCGACGUCCACCGCCAAUUCCACUUCCGGUCUCGGAACCAAGUCCGAAAAGAUCCAAGAGACGGUCGAAGGCGAAGACACGCCGACCGGGAACGACUCGGCGUCGACCGUUCAGACGAAGAAGAGCAUGGGAUCCUACGUUGUGCUGGCAGCCCUGCUCGGAGUGCUGGCCGCGCUGGUCGGCUUCGCGGCGUACAAGAGCAGCUUUUGCAAGAAGAAGCCAAGCAGUGAUCCGGAGCGAGGUACCGAGCUCAAGGACAUGCAGAAGUCGCUUCUCGAGGGCAAAAAUGGCAACCAACCGAAGAUCGCCUCGAACGGUACCGCGGAGAGUGCUCCACUGGUCGGGUCGGGUCAGGGUCGAGGCGCCGAACCUUCGGAGGUAAAGCGGUGGCCAGAGUCCAACACGCCGACGGUCGACGAAGGCGUCAAGUACGCCCCGUCACCGGUCGACUCGGACCCGGUAAAGCCGCCCAGGAAGUCGAUGCCGCCUCAGGACGAUACGAAUGGCCUUCAGGAGGUCAAGACCCACAAACCGCUGUCCACUUUCGCCCCGAGGACGCUGACGCCGCCGAACAGCCCGUCGAGUCCCGUAGACAACGGGAAGCAGAGCCCUCCGCUCAGCCCAAACACCCAGAGAGUGAAGAUCACUCUUCAGGAGAAUCCGGACAGCGUUCCCAAGACGCCGAUCCUGAUAACGCGGACGAAACCCGGUGUUAACCUAGUCAAAACGCCGUAGGCUAUAAUUGACCUUCAAUAUUCAAUGUAUGAAUUCUUGUCUAUCGAGAACCUUCGAAAGCCAACCAGUCUUCUUCUUGCUUCUUCUUUUAUCAUUCUUAAACACGAUUAUUUAUAGACCGUUGUUACCACGCGUCGUGUUCCUACAGAUCGAGUUUUCGGCCGCCCGUGAUCCGCUACUUUCCACGUUACGUCCUCGAGCCUGAAACUUGCGAGAAUACCGUAUGAAACAAGGUGAACGAUUCAUGGAUAUAUCAAGUUGUAUAGUCCUAGCUUCUACUUGUAUCCCGUUUUAAUAUUUAUAACUAUCGCCAGUUGACAUAUGCAUUGCAGUUUUCUUUGCAUUUCCUUGCCUAUGUUUCGUAGAUGUUUGAUCCUCCCUAACGAAUAAACGGCACGAAAGAAUAUUUUCGACGUGUAAUUGUGAAUGGAAACUUGAAUGGGGAAUGCCGUGAGGAUAAUAUGGAAAAAUUCGUGGCGCAAAUAGAAGAAUAAGAUUUUGAUGUGAAAAUGGAAAACAUACCUGUUAAGACAAAUGGACUGUAAUGUCAAUGCCCGCUUGCAGUGAAAAGCAUUUGUAGCCUCUUAGAACAAGCGUAAAUAUUGGUCGAGGUCCAGGAUUCGACUGAGCGCGUGAAUUAUGAGAACGAUGUUCGAUUUACCACGUAUGUAUAGUUAGGGAUCGAUUGAAGCGCCGUCUAUCGUCGACCAGUGAUUUCUCAAUUGAAGAAUAUACGUCGUGAUAGACUACUGUUAAUUAAUAUACCUAGAAUCUAGAUCACUAGAUUAUAUAUUACAUUAUACUGUACAAUAUGUAAACGAUUUAACGUAAUUAGUCGUACCUAUACAAUAUAAGCGAAUAUUUGGUGAGUUGUCAUAAAUAUAUUGUUCAGGGUCAUAAGUUUAUAACAACGUACCUGGUGAAACGUUUAUGGACAUUGCAGGUUUGUUAUUUAUUUCGUAACUAAAAUAUUGAAACGCGGCUCACUUAGCAUUUAAAUAUCUAGUUGCCUUACCACGUGUUAAGAUUCAAAAACAAAUAUAUAAUGUAACAUAAUUAAAAUACAUCAUCACGCGUAUUAACUAGCUCAUUGGUACAUACGUACAAUGUUUUAAUAUAUUUUUAAAUAUUAUAAUAAAGUAUAAAUAUAAAAAUAUGUAGUAUACGCAUAAAUACGUAGAUAUCGUUAUACCCGUAAUUCGUAUAACCCGUCUUCUGAGCCAAAUCAUUGUAAAUGUUUAUUCCGUACAAGUACACCGUUCUUAUAUGCAUCCGGCGAGAUGUGCUACUAUUCGACAUAAUAAAUAUUAUAUAAAUAUAUAAA